AUGUUUGGUUUAAAUGAUUAACAAGAUUCAUAAAAUUUUAUUGAUAAAUCUUAGGAUUAUUUUAAACAAUACUUUACAGAGUAAAUAUUAGAUCAACACUAUUUAAACUUUUUAAAUGAAUUAAAAGAUUGUUCUUAUAUUAAAUAAUUGAAUAGAAAUUAAUGGCUUGAUUAACUCUAAGAAAUUAUUGAAAUUUCUACAAUUUAAGAAGUAAAUUUAAAGUAUCACUUAUUAGAUCAACCAAACUUAAAUUAUUAAUGAAUAAUUUGAAAGUGACACUUUAGCUCGGGAAAGAAAGAGGUAAUUUUAUUAUUUAAUAUUAUUAGUAUUUGUUAUGAUGGUGAUGAAGAGAGAACCCCUUAAUAGAGUGAAGAGGAUGAAUAAAAUAAAAAUAAAGUAAGUAAAUAUAAAGAAAUCAAAAAAGUAUUAAAAAAAUAAGAAAGAAAAAGAAUUAUAAAAUGGAGAAGGAGGUGAAGAAGGUUAUGAUGCCAGUAAUUCAGAUCAUAAAAUUAAGAUUUCAAAGUUACCUAGAAGAAUUAUUUAGAGAAGAAAGUAAGCUAACAAUCAAGAGUUUGAUACAGAUAGAGAAUAUGUAUAUAUUUUAAUAUAUUUAGAAAUAAAAAGAAUGA